GGUGCCCGCGCGCCGCCGCCAUGCCGAUCAACAAGGCUGAGAAGCUGGAGAAGCCAGAGAGCUGUGACAAUGUCAAGGUGGUGGUUCGGUGCCGGCCUCUCAAUGAAAGAGAGAAAACAAUGGGCUACAAAAUGGCAGUCAGCGUGGAUGAGAUGAGGGGAACAAUCACUGUUCACAAGACAGACUCCUCCAACGAGCCCCCAAAGACAUUUACCUUUGACACAGUGUUUGGGCCAGAGAGCAAACAGCUGGAUGUCUAUAAUUUAACAGCCAGACCUAUCAUUGACUCAGUGCUGGAAGGGUACAAUGGUACUAUUUUUGCAUAUGGGCAGACUGGAACAGGGAAAACUUUCACCAUGGAAGGGGUACGAGCUGUUCCUGAGCUCAGAGGCAUCAUUCCCAAUUCCUUUGCCCACAUAUUUGGUCACAUUGCCAAGGCAGAGGGAGACACAAGGUUUUUGGUUCGUGUCUCUUACCUGGAGAUUUACAACGAGGAAGUGAGGGACCUGCUGGGAAAAGACCAGACCCAGAGAUUAGAGGUUAAGGAGAGGCCUGACGUGGGGGUUUACAUCAAAGACCUUUCUGCCUACGUGGUGAACAAUGCAGAUGACAUGGACAGGAUCAUGACUCUGGGACACAAGAACCGUUCUGUGGGUGCCACCAACAUGAACGAGCACAGCUCCCGUUCCCACGCCAUCUUCACCAUCACCAUCGAGUGCAGUGAGAAGGGGGUGGAUGGCAACAUGCACGUCCGCAUGGGCAAGCUGCACCUCGUGGACCUGGCUGGCUCUGAAAGGCAGGCAAAAACAGGAGCCACGGGGCAACGCCUGAAGGAAGCCACCAAGAUCAACCUCUCCCUCUCCACCCUGGGGAAUGUCAUCUCUGCCCUGGUGGAUGGCAAGAGCACCCACGUCCCCUACAGAAACUCCAAACUCACCAGGCUCCUGCAGGACUCCCUGGGGGGCAACUCCAAGACCAUGAUGUGUGCCAACAUUGGCCCUGCAGACUACAACUAUGAUGAGACCAUCAGCACCCUCAGGUAUGCAAACCGGGCCAAGAACAUCAAGAACAAGGCCAGGAUCAACGAGGACCCCAAGGAUGCUUUGCUGAGGCAGUUCCAGAAAGAAAUCGAAGAGCUAAAGAAAAAACUGGAGGAAGGGGAAGAGAUAUCUGGCUCGGAGAGCAGUGAUUCUGAAGAGGAGGAGGAAGAUGAGGAGGGGGAAAUAGGAGAGGAUGGAGAGAAGAGGAAGAAACGUCGGGGCAGUAGCAGCAGCAGUAGUUCAGACUCCACAUGCUCUGUCAUAGAGAAACCUCUGGAUAAGUCCUUCACUAACCAAGCAGGCAAAAAGAAAGUUUCCCCUGAUAAGAUGAUUGAGAUGCAAGCAAAGAUUGAGGAGGAGAGAAAAGCUCUUGAAACAAAGCUUGAUAUGGAAGAAGAAGAAAGAAAUAAAGCCAGAGCUGAACUGGAGAAGAGGGAGAAAGACUUGCUUAAAGCUCAACAAGAGCACCAGUCCCUGCUGGAGAAACUCUCUGCCCUGGAGAAGAAGGUGAUUGUUGGAGGAGUGGAUUUGCUGGCAAAAGCAGAGGAACAGGAGAAGCUCCUGGAAGAAUCCAACAUGGAACUGGAAGAAAGAAGGAAGAGAGCAGAGCAGCUUCGGAAGGAGCUGGAGGAGAAGGAGCAAGAACGUCUGGACAUCGAGGAGAAGUACACCAGCCUCCAGGAGGAAGCACAGGGCAAAACCAAGAAGCUGAAGAAAGUUUGGACCAUGCUGAUGGCUGCCAAGUCAGAGAUGGCAGAUCUGCAGCAGGAGCACCAGAGGGAGAUCGAGGGCUUGCUGGAGAACAUCCGGCAGCUGAGCCGGGAGCUGCGCCUCCAGAUGCUCAUCAUCGACAACUUCAUUCCCCAGGACUACCAGGAAAUGAUUGAAAACUACGUGCACUGGAAUGAAGACAUUGGAGAGUGGCAGCUGAAGUGUGUUGCAUACACAGGAAACAACAUGAGGAAGCAGACACCUGUCUUGGAUAAAAAAGAAAAAGAUCCCUUUGAAGUGGACCUUUCCCACGUUUACUUAGCUUACACUGAGGAGAGCUUGAGGCAGUCUCUGAUGAAGCUGGAGAGGCCCAGAACUUCCAAAGGAAGGUCCAGGCCCAAGACUGGGAGAAGAAAACGUUCAGCAAAGCCAGGAGCCGACAUUGAGUCUCUGCUGCAGUAGGUGUGACCUGCUCAGAAUGGCCAUAAAAAAAAAAUAAUCUGGGAGGAGUCUCUAAGAUUGGGCCAGAAAAUGGGAUCCAAGAGAUGGCAGAGCUUGACCUGGCUGGAAAAAAUCCAUGCCUGGCUGGGAUGGAGCUUUAUUUAACAACAAAAACAAAAAUACUGUAUUUUUUUUCCUUAGUUGCCUGUACAUUGUAUGUUAUAUUAACAUAAGAUGGAAGUGGUACAUCUGAUGGCUGUGAAGUUCCCUGUGGUGAAGGUGUUGGUGGCAAGCCUUGGUGAAAUGGGUGAAAAAUCAGGUUUUUAGGUGUCUGUUUGAAGUGCUAGCUGUGUUUGCUCCAAACAGGGGAGGAAACCCUGAUUUCCCUCUGCUUUCUGCCCUGCUCUGCACACCCCUGGCCACCUCUCACUCCAUCCCACUGCUCUGUGGCUGCUGCAAACUUUUAGGAGUGUCAAACCCUCUUAUUUAACCAAACCCUCUUAUUU